CUGGCCGCCUGUUCCCACAGCCGCCGAGCAGAGUGCUGCCAUGGCGCUGGCCCGGCCUGGGACCUGGGACCCCAGGCCCUCGGCCCAUCUCCUGCUGCUGCUGCUGCUGCUGCACAGGGCCCCAGUCCUCGCCCUACCGGCUGGGACGGUGCCUUCGGAGACCCCGGGCGCCUGCGCCUCAGACCCGUGCGCUCCAGGGACCAAGUGCCAGGCUACAGAGAAUGCUGGCUACAGCUGCGUGCCCCCAGAGCCCCGGGGCUGUGCCAGUCAGCCAUGCCACCACGGCGCUCUGUGUGUGCCCCAGGGCCCAGGGCUUGAUGACUUCCGCUGCUACUGUGUGCCAGGAUUCCAGGGUCCACACUGUGAGCUGGACAUCGACGAGUGCGCGUCCCGGCCCUGCCACCACGGGGCCACUUGCCACAACCUGGCCGAUCGCUACGAGUGCCACUGCCCCCUCGGCUAUGAAGGCGUGACCUGCGAGACGGAGGUGGACGAGUGCGCCUCGGCGCCCUGCCUGCACGGGGGCUCGUGCCUGGACGGCGUGGGCUCCUACCGCUGCGUGUGCGCGCCGGGCUACGGGGGCGCCAGCUGCCAGCUGGACCUGGACGAGUGCCAGAGCCAGCCGUGCGCACACGGGGGCGUGUGCCGCGACCUGGUCAACGGGUUCCGAUGCGACUGCGCGGACACGGGCUACGAGGGCGAGCGCUGCGAGCUGGAGAUUCUGGAGUGCGCGUCGGCGCCCUGCGCGAACAACGCGUCCUGCCUCGAGGGCCUCGGGAGCUUCCGCUGCCUCUGCUGGCCAGGCUACAGUGGCGAGCGCUGCGAGGUGGAUGAGGACGAAUGUGCGGUGGGCCCCUGCCAGCAUGGGGGCCAGUGCCUGCAACGCUCGGAUCCGACCCUCUAUGGGGGCGUCCAGGCCACUUUCCCAGAUGACUUCAGCUUUCGCCAGGCUGCUGGCUUCGUGUGCCGCUGCCCUCCGGGCUUUGAGGGGGACGACUGCGGCGAGGAUGUGGACGAGUGUGCCUCUCGGCCGUGCCUCAGUGGAGGCCUCUGCCAGGACCUGCCCAAUGGCUUCCAGUGCCACUGUCCAGACGGCUACACAGGCCCGACGUGUCAGGAAGACAUGGACGAAUGCCUGUCGGAGCCCUGCCUCCAUGGUGGGACCUGUGAAGACACCGUGGCAGGCUACAUCUGUGGGUGCCCCGAGGCCUGGGGUGGACUGGAUUGUUCUGUGCCACUCACCGGCUGCCAGGGCCACACUUGCCCACCAACUGCCACCUGCGUCCCUACCUUCGAGUCAGGGGUUCACAGUUACACCUGCCACUGCCCACCUGGUACCCAUGGACCUUUCUGUGGCCAGAAUACUACAUUCUCCAUGGUGGCUGGGAACCCCGUACGGGCUUCGGUGCUAGCUGGCAGCUCCCUAGAUCUGGCCCUGAGGUUUCGUACCACGAUACGUGUGGGUGCCUUGGCCACGUGCUCUGACGCUCAAGGCAGCGUGGAGCUGGCGCUGGUGGAGGCCAGGCUUCAGGCCACACUCUGGAGCCACGGCAAGAAUGUGCUCGUCCUGAGGCUGCUGGAACCACCCCUCAAUGAUGGCCACUGGCACCGGGUGGAGGUGACGCUCCGCCUGGGGGUCCUGGAGUUGCGGCUCUGGCAUGAAGGCUGUCCCGCCCACCUCUGUGUGGCCUCCAGUCCCAUGGCCACGGCUGCCCCGGCGCCCACGCCUGCUGGGUCCCGCGUCACCCAGCUGGGCGGCGUGGCCUUUGCGGGCUGCCUCCAGGAUGUGCAGGUGGAUGGGCAUCUCCUGCUGCCCGAGGACCUUGGUGAGAACGUCCUCCUGGGCUGCUGGCACCAGGAGCACUGCCAGCCUCCGCCUUGUGCCCAUGGAGGGGUCUGCGUGGACCUGUGGACUCACUUCCAUUGUGACUGCCCCCGGCCCUACAGUGGUCCCACGUGUGCUGAUGAGGUUCCUGCUGCCACCUUUGGCUUGGGGGGCACCCUGAGCUCUGCCUCCUUCCUACUCGACCAGCCGCUAGGCCCCAACCUCACCGUGUCCUUCCUCCUCCGCACCCGGGAACCUGCUGGCCUUCUGCUCCAGCUUACCAACGAUUCGGCCGCUGGCCUGACAGUGUUCCUGAGCGAGGGCCAGAUCCGGGCAGAGGCACUGGGCAGUCCUGCUCUGGUGCUCCCGGGGCGCUGGGAUGACGGGCUCCGCCACCUGGUGACACUCAGCUUCGGGCCUGAUCAGCUGUGGGGUGUGGGGCAGCAGGUGCACAUGGGCGGCAGGCUCCUCCCCGGUGACGCCGAGCCCUGGGGUGGGCCCUUCCGAGGCUGCAUGCAGGACGUGCGACUCAAUGACCUCCACCUCCCCUUCUUUCCACCACCGCUGGAGAACUCCAGCCUGCCCAGCGUGCCCGGCCGCGGGCAGUCCUGGAACCUCACCAUGGGCUGCGUCUCUGAGGACACAUGCAAUCCUGAGCCCUGUCUCAAUGGUGGGACUUGCCGCAUCACCUGGAAUGACUUCCACUGCACCUGCCCUGCCAACUUCACCGGGCCCACCUGUGCCCAGCAGCUGUGGUGUCCUGGCCAGCCCUGUCUCCCGCCUGCCACCUGUGAGGAGGUCCCUGAUGGCUUUGUCUGUGUGGCGGAGGCCACGUUCCGCGAGGGACCCCCGGCGGAAUUCAGCGGGCACAACGCGUCAUCGGGCAGCGCUCUCAGCGGCCUCUCGCUGGUCUUCCGCACGCGCGACCCCGAGGCAGGGCUAUUGCGCGCUGAGGACGGCCCGGCCGCCGUGUGGCUGGCAGUGCGCAACGGCUCGCUGGCGGCCGGCGUGCGCAGCGGCCCCGGUUUGCCCCGCGCGGUGCUGCCAGCACCAGGGCCGCGUGUGGCCGACGGCGCCUGGCACCGCGUGCGCCUGGCCAUGGAGCAGCCCGCGGCCGUCGCUUCGCGCUGGCUGCUCUGGCUGGAUGGCGCGGCGACGCCGGUGUCGCUGCGUGGCCUGGCCGGCGACCUGGACUUCCUGCGCGGCCCGGGCGCCGCGCGCGUCCUGCUGGCCGAGAACUUCACGGGCUGCCUGGGCCGCGUGGCGCUCGGCGGCCACCCGCUACCCCUGGCGCGCCCGCGGCCCGGCGCGGCCCCCGGCUCCCUCCAGCCCUUCUCGGCCCGGCCCGGAGCGCCCGCCCCGCACCUCGGCUGCAGCGGCGCUCCCGUGUGUGUCCCCUCGCCCUGCCUGCACGGCGGCGCCUGCCGCGACCUCUUCGACGCCUUCGCCUGCGCCUGCGGCCCGGGCUGGGAGGGCCCGCGCUGCGAGGACCGCGCCGACCCGUGUCGCUCGGCGCCCUGCGCCCGCGGCCGCUGCCACGCGCACCCAGACGGUCGCUUCGAGUGCCGCUGCCCGCCUGGCUUCGCAGGCCCGCGCUGCAGGUUGCCUGUCCCACCAGAGGGGUGCAGCCUGAACAUCACCUGUCUCAACGGUGGCCAGUGUAAGGAGGGGCCCCAGGGGGCCAACUGCAGCUGCCAGGAGAGCUUUGCUGGGCAGAGAUGUCAGAUCCCCUGUGAAGCCAACCCCUGCUUGAAUGGGGGCACCUGCCGGGCAGCUGAUGGGGUGUACGAAUGUGUCUGCAAUGCCAGGUUCUCAGGCCAGUUCUGCGAAGUGGUGAAGGGCCUACCACUGCCGCUGCCGUUCCCGCUGCUGGAGGUGGCAGUGCCUGCGGCCUGCGCCUGCCUCCUCCUCCUCCUCUUGGGCCUCCUCUCAGGAAUCCUGGCAGCCAGGAAGCGCCGCCAGUCGGAGGGCACCUACAGCCCGAGCCAGCAGGAGGUGGCUGGAGCCCGGCUGGAGAUGGACAGCGUCCUCAAGGUGCCGCCCGAGGAGAGACUCAUCUAGGCCCACCUGGCUGCAGCUCCAGCCCCUGUGAGGGCCUCGAUUUCUAUCUGGAGACUCAAGGAGGCCACUUCUGGGAGCCUGCAGGGAAAUGGCUGGCCCCUUUUUAGCCUUGGAGAGCUGCUGCAGGGCUCAGGAUACCUGCUGGGCAAGUGUCCCCUUUGCCAGGAGCCCCUGCCUCUGCCCCGUGCUGGGCUGAGGGGAAGGGGCGCGCUCAGGGAAACAGAGGGGCCUGUGAGGUUGUGGACACUCACUGUCCAGCCACCAGGUCUCGCCUCGGCAGAUGCACGGCUGUGCUGGGAGAAGCACCUGUGGGUGCACACGAUGUGUUUUGGGAGUGUGUGUGUAUACGUACAUGUGUGUAUGUGUGUGUGUGUACCUGGGACUGUUGAUCUGCACGUACCCAUGUGAGUGUUAGGGAUGGGGUCACGGAUGUGCUGUCCUUGUUUGUGCGUGUGAUCGUGUAGUGGGUGCAGCUAGCCCCACGGAGGAGCAGCUGGGUGGAGGAGACCACCUUCUCAGUCCCGGGACAGUGGCAGCCCGGGGCCACGAGUGCUCCUGGAGGCCAGGCCAGGGCUGGCCCAAGGACCAGAGCCCCAGCUCUGGCAGCUUCUCCCACCUCCCGUCUCCGGAGGCCUGGAGGCAGCUGGAAAUCAGCGGGAGGGGGGGCAGGAGCCAGAGGUUAAUGUGUGAGCUCCCAGUUCUCCUAACAGAUGCUCCUGGAGGGAGAUUUGAGUGCCCUGCGCUGGAGCCAGGCGGUCUCUGGGAUGUGGACUGCGGGGCAGACCUGCAGGAGCUGGGGGUGGAGUUGGGGGGGUAGUGUCUGGGCCCGCGCAGCCUGCCUCUUGCGGGCCUGUCGCUCGGAGGACGCGGAAAGCAGCCCUGGCCUACCUCACAGGGCUGUUGUGAAGAUGGUGGGUGACUAUGGGGAAGGAUGGGGCUCUGGGACUCGUUACAGUCCAGCCUGUUGUGGGGCUACCUGGGUCGUCCUGUUAGGUGUCCGGAAGGGAGAGGGAGAGCGCAGGGAAGGGGCCUCCCCGAGGGGCAGCCAGGGGGCGAUGAGGAUGGAGGAGCCACCCUCCCUGCCCACCUUGUGCUUCUCCAGUUCCUCCCGCACCAGCGAG